AUGCAAUCAGACGGAGAGUUCAUUAAGUUUCUAGGCGAAGGAGGUUUCGGUUCCGUUAAUCUCGUCAAGUACACCAACAACGACGGCUCCUCCUUUCACGCCGCCGUGAAAAGCUCUUACGCCUAUAACUACGACCAUCUCAACAGAGAAUUUCAGAUUCUCUCCGAACUCAGAGGCUAUCCGAGAAUCGUUCGUUGCUUCGGAGACUCCUUGGAACAAGGUUACAACCCUAGAAGACGCAAAGUCUACAAUUUACUUCUCGAGUACGCAUCAGAAGGUAGUUUAAGCUCUUUCAUGGAUAACUACAUAGACAGGAAACUACCGGAGUCUAUGAUCAGAGACUUCACGGUUAUGAUUCUCCAAGGUUUGGUGAUAAUUCACAGUCACGGUUACGUUCACUGUGAUCUCAAAUCACACAACAUUCUCGUCUUCCCGUCGAGAGGUUCUUGUUCUUGUUCGUACGAGUUAAAGAUUGCAGAUUUUGGACACGCUUUGGAAGUCGGAGACGUUCCCGAUUUCUGGGAGGUCGAUUUUCCGUUUCUUGGAACGCCUUCGUAUAUGUCGCCCGAGUCUCUCCGUGACGGCGUCGCGAGGAAGAGCUUAGAUAUCUGGUCGUUAGGCUGUUUGGUGUUGGAGAUGUUUACGGGUGAGGCUCCAUGGAAUGGGUUUAAAACGAAUGACCUAGUGAAUCGUCUGCUUGAUGGCAAGGCUCCAGAGAUUCCAGAGUCUGUGCCUUGCGAUGCAAGAGAGUUUAUUGAGAUGUGUUUCGCAAGAAACCCUAGAGAGAGAGGUGACGUUUAUAAGUUGUUGUCUCAUAGGUUUCUGGAUCGAGCACAGGAGAGGACAGAGAAGAUUUUUCCCGUCGCUGUCUCUGAAGAGGAGAAGAUAACUUCCGUCGCCGUCGCUGAAGAUACAGGAGAUUGGUUGCUGUUGGAUUUCAAUUUAGUUUCUGUUCAAUAA